AGUGCGCGAAUUAGAGAGACAAGUGUUACCACGAGUUGGGAUUUCAAAGUAUGAUUCUUAAAUUAAGUGUAAGAAUGAAUUGGUAAAAAAGUGAGACAAUCGUGUGCACAGAGAGUGAACUAAAAAAGUGAGGAGGUCCGAGUGAGAAACGUCAAAGUAAUGCUAGUUAGUCGAGGGUAAAUUUUAACCCCGUACAAUUCUUUCACCAUGACAGACACACGUAGAAGAGUCAAAUUGUACGCAUUGAACGUAGAUAGGCAAUGGGACGAUCGCGGCACGGGGCAUGUUUCCUCGUCGUAUGUUGACAGAUUGAAGGGAAUUUCGCUUCUGGUGAGAGCAGAGAGCGACGGUUCAGUUUUACUAGAAAGUAAAAUCCAGCCAGAUACUGCAUAUCAGAAACAACAGGAUACCCUGAUAGUAUGGUCCGAAGGAGACAACUUCGACCUUGCGCUGAGCUUCCAGGAGAAAGCAGGCUGCGACGAGAUAUGGGAGAAAAUAUGUCAGGUACAGGGGAAGGAUCCCUCGGUCGAGAUAACCCAGGACAUUGUCGAGGAAUCAGAAGACGAGAGAUUCGACGACAUGUCCGACUCUGCGCCACCAAUAGAGUUACCGCCCUGCGAACUCGGUCGCCUCGAAGACAUCAACGAGCUCAUAGGCAACUGCCUUCCAUCCCCCGUGAGGAAAGAAAAAUUAGCAAUGGCCCUCGAGUCCGAAGGCUACAUCAAAAAGCUCCUGAAUCUCUUCCACACCUGUGAGGACUUGGAGAACAUCGAGGGCCUCCAUCACCUGUACGACAUCUUCAAGAAUAUCUUCCUUCUCAACAAGAACGCCCUCUUCGAGGUUAUGUUCAGCGACGACACUAUAUUCGACGUCGUCGGCUGCCUAGAAUACGAGCCUACGUUACCCCAACGCAAAAGGCAUCGUGAGUAUCUCCAGCAACUCGCUAGAUUCAAACAAGCCAUCCCCAUUACAAAUGCCGAGCUCCUCGCCAAAAUUCAUCAAACUUACCGCGUUCAAUAUAUCCAAGAUGUCGUUCUCCCUACUCCCAGCGUCUUCGAGGACAACAUGCUCAGCACACUGAGCAGUUUCAUCUUUUUCAACAAGGUGGAGAUCGUCACUCUCAUUCAGGAUGACGAGAAAUUCCUCACGGAACUCUUUCGCCAGUUGACUGAUGAGACCACUUCCGAUUGUAAACGACGCGACCUGGUUCUCUUCCUCAAGGAAUUCUGCAACUACUCCCAAAAUCUGCAGCCCCAGGGAAAGGAGGCUUUUUAUAAAACCCUAACAGCGCUCGGCAUUUUGCCUGCUCUGGAGAUUACGCUAGCGAUUAAUGAUGCUCAGACUAAAACUGCAAGCAUCGACAUCCUGACUUACAUUGUCGAGUACUCGCCGAGCGUCGUGAGAGAUUAUACUCUACAGCAGAUUAACAAUACGGAACAGAAUCAGAUGCUCGUGAAUGUAGUUGUUGCACAGUUGGUGAACGAUACGGAUCCCGAAUUGGGUGGAGCUGUUCAACUUGCAGGGGUUCUUCGUCUUUUGUUGGACCCUGAGAACAUGCUGGCAUCUGUCAAUAAAUCGGAGAAGGCCGACUUUUUACAUUACUUUUACAAGAACAGCAUCGGUGUCUUGAUUGCUCCACUAUUGUCUAAUACGGCGGGAGAGAAACCGAUAAAGGAGGAUUACAGAACUGUCCAGUUGCUGGGAUUGAUAUUGGAGUUACUUUCAUUUUGCGUCGAGCAUCACUCGUAUCAUAUAAAGAACUGCAUUAUGAACAAAGAUUUGCUCAGAAGAAUAUUAGUGCUUAUGAAAUCCACGCACACGUUUCUUGUUCUGUGCGCUUUGAGGUUUAUGCGGAAAAUCAUAGCAUUGAAAGACGAGAUUUAUAAUAGACAUAUUAUUAAAGGGAAUCUAUUUGCACCAGUUUUCGACGCCUUCGUCAGGAAUAACGGGAGAUAUAAUCUUUUGGAUUCUGCCAUCUUGGAGAUGUUUGAGUUUAUCAAGCUGGUGAGUAUGGAGAUGAAUAAUAGUGAGGAUAUUAGAUCUUUGUGUUCGCACGUUGUAGAAAAUUUCUCGAAACAGCUGGAAGCUAUAAAUUACGUUCAAACGUUUAAAGCAUUAAAAUUGAAGCACGAACAGCACCAGGCCAAGCUCAAAGACCGAGACAGAGCUUCACUCGAUAGUGUACCAUCGAUAUUAAGAAAUAGUCGGUACCGGCGAGAUCAACGGCAGCUCGAUGAAGAUGAGGAAAUGUGGUUUAACGAAGAGGAGGACUUUGACGAGGGCGAAGCGGUAGUGCCAGCAGCAGCUGCCGAUUUGGUUCCACCAGCUUCGGCGAAAAAGCAACCACCAUCUCCAAAUCCUGCGCCCAAUCCCGUUCCUGCCGAUUCCAAAAGUCAGCAGCAACAGACUGUUCUAAACAACAAUACUUCCAGCACCACUGUAACCACACCGCAGACACAAGUUAGCAAUAGUGCGCCGCCAGUAGAAAGCGAGUCUCCUGUUUCGACCGAUAACAGUCCAAGUACUACUGUUAGUACUGCAGAAAAAACGGCCACAACUAUUUUCAAAAAGGGUCUGGUCGAUUACGAAGGAGAUUCGGAUGAAGAAGAGGAAGACUCGGAAUUGAGCCCGUCGCCAAAGCGGCAGCGGAUGUCAUAGUAGGCGAGCUGCCUGUCGGUAACACGAGUGCUAUGACCAUUAGUUGCCGUAUUCACCAGCUACCCGUGCAAACGGGUCGCUCCCGUUUCUUUGAUCUUCCGUUUUCUACACUGGUAGACCGGAAGUCGAGAACUCAUCGUCAUCGAUGUCGUCAUUUCGCUGAGGGACGUAUCGGCAAGAUACUUGGCAAAAGUCCUGAAAGAAAGAAACAAACAAAGAAAACAAGGCAAAGAAGGUAUCAAAGUGUGUGGUGGACGUUAAAACGCUUGUCUGAGCGGAAUUAUUGUGUACAGUUGCAUGAGAGUACGAGCAAAAUGGAACAAGAAUGAACCAAGAGAGCUGGGUAAAAGGAGAUGGAUGAGGUGAAGAAGAGUGUGAAAAAGUGUGAAGAGUCCCGAGAACAUCGGUAGUGGAUUUGUAAAGCAGAGCAGUAUCGGACUUUCUUGAUAUCUUCGUAAGAUAGAGAUAAGAAUUUACAAGAGUGUAUGUAAGUGAGUAAAGUGAAAAGUAAAUUGUAAUUCAUUCCAGUGGUUAAAAACGCCCCACACCAGUCGAAACUCUCCGACGAGAGACAAUUAGCGGGACAAAACAAAAGAGGUAAAUGACGCUCUGUUAGGCCUAGCCUCUCACAAGAACUGAAUUCUCAGCGUGCGUUUGGAAGGGUAAAAAUAUAAGGCUGCGGGGUGUAAUUGUGGGUGUUUUCUCCGGUAAGGUUAUACUUAAGAAAGUACGAUUUUAAAAGCAUUAACUUAGGGAAUGCAUCCUUUUACGCAGCACCGACUACGAAUUCGACCCAGUGUGUUUCAUCGACUCUCUCGAUCGCACUUGCUGGUUCUAUUGGCACAAACACCACUUUGGUCGCAGCAGGCGACUUGAAAGAGGACGAAUUGUAGAUUCGUAUCCAGUAAAACUGUGAGAUUAUUCGACUUUCUAUUGUACAUAUUAUACAUACGUAUGCACCCGGAGUUUCUUAAAUUGGCACGAUAUCCCCGAGAUUCGUGUGACAGAUAUAUAUGUAUGCUCUGUCUGAAUUUCUUAUCUCCUCGAGAUAUCUUCAAUGAGCUUUCCAAUGAAAUUUCUAUUAAUGUAAGUAGCGUAAAUUGUACAAUAAUCCUUUUAUUUGUGUAUCAUCGGCCGGCUUCACGUGUCCAGUACUAAUCUAUAGUUUAAGACCAGUUUCUAGAGUGUGAUUUUCACAUAAGGAAUUUCUUGAGAAUUUUGAAAGGAUCAAGUUCUGGAAAAAUUUCUCAAAUAAGAAUUUCUAACAGUCUAGUAAAAGAGUUCAGCCGAGUGAAGGGAGUAAAACAGUAGAGGCGAGUAAUUUGAGCCUUUCUUACAAUUAGCCUAAAUCGGGAACAGAAAUCGAUUGACGAAUAGAACACAGUGAUAUUGGAUAUCGGUGUACAAUUUCUCUUCGUUCAAACCGCGCGCACCUAGCUUGAAAAUUGCAAUCGCAGGUUAAUUCACCGUCACAUCUGCAGAGAACGAGUUUUUCCACACACAAAAACCCAAGUACAUUUUUGUAUCGCCUUUUUUCUACCGAACUAUCGCGAAGCGAAAUCAUAAGGUUUCCUGCCUGCAGUAUGUACCUAUAAAAGACCGACUAUCGUUUCCAAAUUUCAUGUACAGAAUUUUUUCUACUCUCGCGCUCAGCUCCAAUUUUUGCCACUUUUGCUCCAAAGAUCACUCGACGAUCUCGAUUGUUAGGAAUGAAUUUUUAGUACGUGACUACUCGUAUUUAAGAAUUUAAGUAAGCCAUUUUUUAUUGUUAGUUAAUAAAAGCAACAACAACACAAAAACAUAUACUUGUUGUUUUUCGCGUUUGUAUAACGAGUGGGAAAUUUAUUGGUAUUAUUGAAAGAGAAAGUUUUUAUACGCAGUCAAGUAUUUUCUGCAGAAAAGGAUUCCCUAUAUUUUAAUUUGCGACGAAAUCCUGUUCUUUCGAAUUGUUCAAAUAGUUGUGGAAAAUUAUUUUAGAUGGGAAAUUUCUGUGGACUCCUACUUUGAUCGCGUAUAAAAUUGGCUCGAAGGUGAAUGAAAAUGAAAUUAAUUUUCUGGAGCUGGGCGAAAAGCAAGAGCAUGCAACCUGAACUGACCACAGAAAGUUGUAAUAAAGGCUAACCAUAAAUUAGUUAAAGAA